GCCUCAUUAGGAGGUAGGACUUGAAAGUUGAGUCUUUGCGGAGCGGCAUGGCGACAGCAAUGAGGAGCCUGAAGAACAUGGUUGGCUUUGUGACUGGUGGGGCUUCUGGACUGGGCCGUGCCACAGUGGAACGAUUAAUACAACAGGGAGGCAGUGCUGUGAUUGUGGACCUGCCAACGUCUGAUGGUGAAAGCAUAGCCAAGUCGCUGGGAGACAGAUGCAUCUUUACUCCAGCUGAUGUGACAUCAGAAUUAGAUGUGAAGGCUGCACUGACCACAGCAAAGGAUAAAUUUGGACAUAUAGAUAUGGGAGUGAACUGUGCUGCGGUUGCAGUGGCAUUUAAGACAUACAAUGUGCAUAAAGAUCAUUCUCAUAGUUUGGAGGACUUCCAGAGAGUCAUCAAUGUCAAUAUUGCUGGGACCUUCAAUGUGAUUCGUCUGAUUGCAAGUGUGAUGAGUAAAAACGAACCAAACAAAGAUGGAGAGAGAGGAGUGAUUAUCAACACCGCCAGCGUGGCUGCCUAUGAGGGCCAGGUCGGACAGGCUGCCUAUUCAGCUUCCAAAGGAGGCAUAGUGUCAAUGACCCUGCCCAUCGCCCGAGAUCUUGCCUCGCUUGGCAUUCGUGUUGUUACCAUUGCACCAGGGCUCUUUGAGACACCUCUACUGGGGACACUUCCUGAAAAAGUUCGGACAUUCCUGGCACGACAGGUGCCUUUCCCAAAUCGCCUUGGGGCUCCAGACGAAUAUGCUCAUCUGGUACAAUGCAUAGCGGAGAAUCCUAUGCUAAAUGGUGAAGUAAUUCGGCUUGAUGGGGCUAUCCGAAUGCAGCCCUGAGCCAUAGCCCAAGUCUGCAGGAGAAAAAAAGAUGGUCCUCCUUGGAUCAUAAUCACAGGAUUGAAAUCAAGGUUGGCAAAAGAAAUGAUUAACAUCUGACUUUCAAUAAAUCACUGAUCAGAU